CAAAUUCUUCAUUGUUGUGGUGCCGUAUUUCCUUUGAACUCCAGCGGAAUCUGUUUCUCUCGCUCCCGCCUUCACUCAAUCUCUUUCAGGUCUGCUCUGCAACUAUCUGUCACCUCCUUUCAAUUCAUUUGCGUGUUUCUGAAUCUGUUCCAGAACCCAGAAUCGAUGUCAUCUGUAGAUAUGCUUUGUGUAAAUUCAUCUUCUUUAUAUUCGAACUUCAUUAGCAAUGGCUCCUCAAAAUCUCAGAGGGUAUUAUCUCAAUUACCGCCACCUAAAGUUAAGUGGUCGCAGUCUUGCCUUCAUCUUCAUUCAAAUAUUCGAGCUUUACCAGCCUCUUCUUCUUCCAUUAUUGGUAGGAGGAAGAAGAAGAAAUAUGGAGGUGUAUUGCCUUCAAUUCUGCGGUCAUUGGAGGCCGGGGAGGACGUUGAAAGUACCCUUGAUACAUUUGGUGAGAAUCUGAAUCCAAAAGAGCAGACUGUUGUUCUCAAAGAACAGAGAAGCUGGGAACGAGUGAUUCGGGUUUUUGACUGGUUCAAGUCUCAGAAAGAGUAUGUCCCCAAUGUGAUUCACUAUAACGUUGUGCUUAGAGCUCUUGGAAAAGCUCAGAGAUGGGAUGAAUUGAGGCUUUGCUGGGUAGAAAUGGCGAAAAGUGGCGUUUUGCCCACCAACAACACUUAUAGUACGCUUGUUGAUGUGUAUGGUAAAGCAGGUCUAGUGAAAGAAGCCCUUUUGUGGGUUAAACACAUGAGACUGAGAGGAUAUUUCCCAGAUGAGGUUACCAUGAGCACGGUUGUUAAGGUCUUGAAGGAUGCAGGAGAAUUUGAUAGAGCAGAUAAAUUCUACAAGAGUUGGUGUGCUGGGAGAAUUGAAUUAGAUAUUACUGAUUUAGAAGAUUCUCUAACUGAUACUGUAAAUGGAUCUGGAUCAAUUCCUCUUAGUUUUAAGCAUUUCCUUUCUACUGAACUCUUCAAGACAGGCGGGAGAAUUCCUGCUUCCAAUAUUGCGGCAUCAUCAAACACCGAGAAGUCUCCAGGAAAGCCUCGGCUCACUUCCACUUACAACACCCUGAUUGAUUUGUAUGGCAAGGCAGGGUGGCUAAAGGAUGCUGCUGAUGUGUUUGCUGAUAUGUUAAAAUCUGGGGUGGCGAUGGAUACAAUCACUUUUAAUACGAUGAUCUAUAUUUGUGGAAGUCAUGGUGAUUUGUUGGAAGCUGAAUCUUUGCUUGGUAAAAUGGAAGAAAGGGGUAUAUUACCUGAUACAAAAACUUAUAACAUCUUUUUGUCUUUAUAUGUUAAUGGGGGGAAUAUUGGUGCAGCUCUCAGUUGUUAUAGGAGGAUCAGAGAGGCUGGACUCUUCCCAGAUGAUGUGACUUACAGAGCUCUUCUGGGUGCAUUAUGUGAGCAAAGUAUGGUUCAAGCUGUGGAAGCUUUAUUGGAUGAAAUGAAAAAUUCUCGUGUUUUUCUAGAUGAGCAUUCUCUUCCUGGUAUUAUCAAGAUGUAUAUAAAUGAAGGAGCAUUUGGUAAGGCAAAAGACCUUCUUCAUAAUUGUCAAGCAAAUGGAGGGCCAUCAUCUAAGAUAUGUGUUGCAAUUAUGGACAUUUUUGCUGAACAAGGACUCUGGGCUGAAGCAGAGAACAUGUUCUUCAGGAAACGAGACUUUGCAGGACAGGGGAGGGAUGUUGCAGAAUACAAUGUCAUGAUCAAAGCAUAUGGCACAGCAAAACUUUAUGACAAAGCUAUUUCUCUUUUCAAGGGAAUGAGAAAUCAGGGGACUUGGCCUGAUGAUUGCACUUAUAAUUCAAUCAUUCAAAUGUUAUCUGGUGCUGAUUUAGUGGACCAAGCAAGGGAGCUUUUGACUGAAAUGCUGGGAAUGAAAAUGAAACCAUCUUGUCAAACCUUCUCAGCUGUUAUUGGAUGCUAUGCGCGCCUUGGCCAGCUCUUGGAUGCUGUCAGUGUAUACCAGGAAAUGCUGCAAGUUGGCAUAAAACCAAAUGAAGUUGUGUAUGGAUCUUUAAUAAAUGGAUUUGCGGAAUAUGGUAGUCCUGAGGAGGCGCUUAAAUACUUUCACAAGAUGGAAGAGUAUGGAAUCCCGGCAAAUUUAAUUGUGUUGACAUCCUUGCUGAAGGCUUAUUGUAAGAUUGGUAGUUUGGAAGGAACAAAAGCAAUCUGUGAGAGAAUGAAGGAUUUGGAAGGUGGUCUUGAUAUUGUCGCAUGCAACAGUAUGAUUGGUCUCUUUGCAGAUCUUGGCAUGGUAUCUGAAGCCGAGCUGGUUUUUCAGAACUUGAGAGAAAAGGGUUGGGCUGACAGUGUUUCAUAUGUGACGAUGAUGUAUGUUUAUAAAAACAUGGGCAUGCUUGAUGAUGCCUUUAAAAUUGCAGAAGAGAUGAAACUGUUGGGUUUACUCAAGGACUGUGUUUCAUAUAACAAGGUACUGGUCUGCUAUGCCAGUAAUGGGAAACUUCGUGACUGCGGUGAGUUAUUGCAUCAGAUGAUAUCCCGGAAGUUUUCACUAAAUGAAGGAACUUUCAAAGUGUUAUUCACUGUGUUGAAGAAGGGAGGCUUUCCAAUUGAAGCAGUAGCACAAUUAGAGUCAUCCUACAAGGAUGGAAAACCUCAUGCUCAACAAGCAGCCAUUACUGCUUUAUACUCUCUGGUGGGUAUGCACGCUUUGGCACAAGAAUCUGCCCAAGCAUUCACAGAAUCUGGGACUGCUCUUGAUUCUUUUGUCUAUAAUGUGGCCAUCUAUUGCUACGGUUCAGCUGGAGAUGUUGACAAGGCAUUCAAUAUAUAUAUGAAAAUGCAGGAUGAGGAAGUGGAACCGGACCUUGUAACACAUAUUAAUCUGGUAAGAUGUUAUGGAAAAGCUGGCAUGGUUGAAGGUGUGAAGCGGAUAUACAGCCAAGUAAAAUAUGGAGAAAUCGAGCCGAGUGAAUCACUUUUCAAGGCUAUCACAGAUGCCUAUAGAAUGGCCAACAGACAGGACCUUUCUGAGAUGGUUAGCCAAGAGAUGAGACUUAUGAUGAGAAAAGACGAAUGUUCUGAAACUGAAACUGAAGAUGAAUCUGGUGAAGCUUCUGUAGGUCCUUAAAAUAUCUAGUGGUUGUAUAACAAGUUCCUUUAUGCACACCCUGUACAGAGAUAGCUUCAGGUAUCAGAACUGUAUAUAUGUGAGAGAUUACAUGACCUGCUUUCCAUUGAUGCUGAGCUUGGAAAGACUUUGCUUGAGUUGAAUGCCCUUGUUUCCCAAAAAACAUUAUGUAGAAUCUAUUGGUGGUAGCCAUAGUGAUACAAUUGCUAACCUUCGUUUUCGUGAGGCCCCAAUUGAAGAUCUCUGCUUGGAUUUUACACUUCCUGGUUACCCAGAGUACAUCUUGAAACCAGGAGAUGAAAUUGUUGAGACCCUUGCUGAUCAUAUAAAAUUUGACCAUGGAUACACUGCAAAGAGCCCUCCCAUAGUUAAUUUACUUGAAAUUACGGGAGAGUUUAAACCUGGGCAGUAACACGCCUUCUAUCAAUUUGUUAAUGGAGCCCCUAGGCUGCCACCUAGCGGGCUUGCAGUGCUGAAUCCAAAGCUAACAAUUGUGAGAAAGGUAUUCUAAUGAGUUCUUAUUGGAUGAGGAGACACGAGUCUCCCUUGAUACUGGUGACCAAGGAUUUUUCCCUUGAAAAAUUGUUCACCAAGAUAUGGUUGCACUAUGUUCAUGAGUCCGUGUUAUUUAUAUUCAUUAUAUAUUGGUCUUUAAAGUUGGAAGUGUUAAUCUCAAAACAUUCUUGUGAGUAGCCUACUAGAGUUCUGUCCAUUGAUAGUUGUAUUCUAGUUCAUUUCUCAGAUACUAUGAUCUUAAAAACAUGUUGCUUGUAUUAUCUGAUGGUUCUUACUUUGUUGGUUGCGAGGAUACAAAUUACGAGAUUACGUUCUGGGCUAUUCAGCUGAUGAAUACCACAGUUUACUUGAGUAAAAUAAAGAACAUGAAUAUUAUAUUUUGUGCUCCUUUGUUAAUGUUAUCCAUGAAAGUUGAAAAAAUUUGCUAAUUACCUGAAGCUUCCUCCUUAUUCACCAAGGCAACACGAGAUGAGAUUUUUUGGUAAAAUGACCAUUGGUGUCCAAGCAUGCAUUAUUCAUUCAUGCUGAUGUUGCAUUAUUUUGAACUGAACUUUGAUGUCUAGUUGAAAAGAGGAAAUUAUGUACAAGAAGCUACACUAUGCAAUCAGUGAAGGCCAAGGAUCUUACGAUUUGUCCUGAUUUUUCAUGUGUUGGUUCUGUUACAACAAGCAUGCAUUUGCAUAUUGACAAGUAACCAUAAAUAAUUAACAAAGAGCAAUUUGAGUUCAUCUCAAUAGGGUUAUUUUUGUCUUUUUUCUUUAAAUAUUAUUGUUCACUUAGGUCCCUUGGGUGUGCAGAGAGAGUUCAGAAUCUCAGGGUCUUUUUUUGUUAAUAAUAAGCUUCAGGGUCCUUGAGUGAGACCACCCCACUUCUUUUACUGUACAGCUUAAGGUCAUAAUAACUGCUGUUGUAGUUCAUUUGGGCUGAGGAUCAAGGAUGAUUUUUCUUGAGCCACAUGCGGAACUGAGGUCCGUUGGUCUGUAUGUAUUUUAUUUUGGGAAAAGUACUCAUGGAUCGCAAGGAAGGAAGUUAAAUAUAGAUAGGCUCUUGAAUUUUAUUUAUUA